GGGCUUUCCAUACAUUUAGUUCAAAGUAAAAGUUUCGAAGUAGCGCUCAAUUCAUAAUCAUGCAUAGCUAGCUCGAAGCAUGGACGUGGUUAAAUCAACCUCGAUGGUUGAAGCAUCGGGCAAGUUUAUGGAUUUCCUCAAGGGUGUUCCAAUGGCAGCCUCAGGUAUUGCAGAGUUCAACUGGUACUGCGGCGUCAACAACACAGAGAAUCUGGACCACUUCACCCAUGACCUGAACCACACCCUGUACAAUGCCUGCUUUGUGGACCUCGUCUACACCUUACCACACCUCAUCUUCAUCUUGCUGGGCAUCCUGGUGCUCUUUGUUCUAAGAUGCUGCACCAGCAUCCGCAGGAGAAAAUACACCUACUUGAUCCCUUAUCCAGGGCACUACCUGCGUUGGGUGCUGUACAUCAUCUUUGUCUUGCUAACUGCCUGUGAACUCGGGGAGGGUCUCUUGACUGAUCUGGGCGUGUACCAUGGCACACCCACUAGGCCCCACCUGUACAUUCCAGCAAUCCUGUGCUUAACGGCAGCCAUUUUGUCUGUGAUCUACUACAACCAGAUGGAGUUGUGGAGCAGACCGCACAUGUCCUGGCUCCUACUGGUGUACUGGCUGUCAGCUCUUGGUGCAGAGAUCGUCAGGUUUCUGAAUCUUGACCAUGAUCCUCUGGUGGAUUUCGCGCUGAUGCGUUCCGACUUGAACAUAGCCGCCAUUGUUGUCUAUGCCUUGCUUGUAUUGUUGGAGCUUAACGUCAUCAGAACUAAGGUUUUUAAGUGUUGCACCACUGAGGAGCCUUUUCCCGCUGACCUGUUGCGACCAGACAUGCGCUUCAUGCAAGAGUACAGUAACUUCCUCUCUGUCAUCAUGUACUCCUGGCUGGGCUGGCUGUAUGUGGAGGGUUACGAUCACAGCUUGGAGUAUGAAGAUCUUGGGUGUUUGUCAGACGUCCACACCACGAGGUAUCAGAGUGACCGCUUCAACCGAGCUUUGAAGAAAGAACAGGAGAGGGCCAGAGCUAAGAACACCUCACUGAGCAUGUUUCGUGUCUACCUGCGGGCCUAUGGCUGGGAGAUGUUUCUUGCUUUCCUGUGCAGACUUCUAGGAGACACCGCUGCUUUUGUGCCACCGUUUGCCGUAGCUGGUGUCGUCAACUAUGUCAUGCAGAUUGGUGAACCACAUGAGUAUCAUGCCAAGUACCUUUCAGCAGAAGACUUCAUCACAAACGGCUUCGUCUUGGUUGUCAUUCUGUUCCUUGCUGCAACUGCAAGGGGUAUAGCACUGCAGGGUCACUAUCAGAUAGUCAUAAUAGCAUCGGCGCACGUCCAGAUUGCCUUACAGGCAGCAGUGUAUGACAAGUCCCUACGUCUGGCCAGCUACACCAUGACAGGAGGAUCACUCACCAAGGGACAGAUCACCAAUCACAUGUCGGUGGACGCUAUCAACGUCUUGGAGUGUUUUCAGAUCCUCUUCUAUCUCUUCAGCGUUCCCUAUCUGUGUAUCGGCUACUUGGUCAUCUUGUACUACCAGCUGGGUUUAGCAGCCCUGAUUGGCUUCUUCAUCGUAGCAACCAUCAUCCCUCUGUCCUCCCUCAUCGCUAAGAAGACCGGACACUUCCAGAAAAAUGCUUUGGAAAAAGCCGAUGAGCGUCUGAAGCGAACCAACGAGUUGCUGCAAGGAAUUAAGCUGAUCAAGCUGUAUGGGUGGGAAGACAUGUUCUAUUCCACCAUCAGCAAAGUACGAGGCUUGGAGAUCCGUGCCUUGCUAAAGCAGACAUUUGCCAAAAUCUUCAUGUUGACGCUGUCCAAUUCCUGCCCAUUGCUUGUCACUUUGGUGUCUUACAGCCUCUACACGGCACUGACGGGUAAACUCCUGACCCCGGCCGUGGCCUUCGGCUCUCUGGCUGCAUUCAACCAGCUCUUCUUCCCUCUCAUGGUCCUGCCCUACACCCUGAUCACUACCAUCAACGCUGUGGUCAGCACCCGGCGCUUGAAGGCAUUCUUCUUAGCGCCUGAGAUUGAGAGACAACGGGAGCCUGAAAUGAACGGAUACAAUGAGGUGGGAGUGCGAUACCAAUGCAAUAAGCAUUCCAAAAACCAACCAGAGGACAAACAAAGACUACUGGAUCAAAGUUACGACAAGCUUCACUUCGGUACUUUCACCCCCCAUCCAUCCUUGUCAGAUGGUCUCACGGAUCUACCACGGGAUGUUGCUUGUCGGAUAAACGGUAGUUUUGCGUGGGAGGAAGGUUCUAGCUUGCCGACACUCGCCAAUAUCAACCUGGAUAUUCCUAUGGGCAAACUGACCAUGAUAGUGGGCCAGGUUGGGUCAGGUAAGUCUUCGUUACUAUCUGCUCUGCUCGGCGAGAUGAUCACAGCAUCUGGAGGAGUACAGUGGAACCAGAAUUGUGGCUCCAUUGCAUAUGGAGCACAGAAACCAUGGCUGCUGAACGCAACACUCAAAGAGAACAUCCUUUUUGGCAACGGCUUUGACAAGAAAAGGUACAAGAAGGUCAUCACUGCUUGCUCCCUGCAGCCAGACAUCGACAUCCUGCCGGCCGGAGAUCAAACAGAGAUUGGUGAGAAGGGAAUCAAUCUGAGCGGCGGUCAGAAACAACGAGUCAGCGUAGCCAGGGCCAUGUAUAGUGAAAAUGAUGUUGUGAUUCUGGAUGACCCCCUCUCUGCUCUGGACAUCCACGUCGGAGGUCAUCUCUUCAAGAAAGGCAUUGAAGGGUUCUUGAUGAAAAAGAGCAAACGUACCGUCGUCCUGGUCACCCAUCAGAUAAAAUAUGCGGAAAAAGCUGAUAUAAUUGUGUACAUGAAGGACGGUUCCAUCGAGAAUCAAGGAAACUUGGAGGAAAUCCGGGAGGAAAACCCGGAACUAGUGGCUUCCUGGACCAUGGCCGGUUCCUCUGAGAACCUAGCAUCAGAUUCAGAAACCUCUGGACACGAGUCAGCCAGCACUACAGAGGAGAGAGCCCAACUCACACGUCAGGUUUCAAACAUGAAGCCAGCUGAUGGAGUCAAUGAGUUGAAGGAUGCCAAAGGACGUCUUGUACAGGAUGAGGAACGAGUAAAAGGCUCAGUCUCAUGGCGUGUCUAUCUGACCUACAUCAAGGCCAUCGGCAUCGUAGCCUUCACGUUUCUUCUUAUGUUUGCCAUCUUCCAGCAAGCUCUCUUCAUUGGCACCAACUACUGGCUGUCCUACUGGUCUGAAGCAGGCAGGAACAUAGCUAACAAAACCAAAGAGGAGCAAGAUGAGUUGCUUCAGUACUAUCUCAAUGGAUAUGCCGGCUUGUCAGUCAGUAGCGUCUUUGCCGGUGCUUUGACCAUUGCCAUCGUCUUCACGUUCACACUCUUAGCUAGCCGAAGACUGCAUAACCAAAUGCUCAAGACUGUCAUGCAUGCGCCCAUGAGGUUUUUUGACACCACUCCCAUCGGUCGUAUCAUGAACCGUUUCUCCUCUGAUGUCAAAAUUAUUGAUCAGAUUCUUGGCAAUACCUUCAAUAGUUUCCAGAAGUAUUGGCUGACCUGCAUCGGAGCCAUUAUCGUCAACAUUGCCGUCAGCUGGUACUUCGCUGUGGCACUGAUCCCCUUCGUCAUCCUGUACUUGCUCAUCAUGAAGUAUUUCAUCAAGACGUCGAGGGAGUUGCAGCGAUUGACUAACAUCAGCAAGUCUCCUGUCUUUGCUCACUUCUCAGAAACCUUGGAAGGGCUGUCUACCAUCAGGGCCUACAGGCAACAAGAGCAUUUCCGUGAUGACCUGAUCAGAAAGAUGGAGCUGAACAAUGUCAUGUUCAUAUAUAUGAAUACCAGCAAUAGGUGGUUGGGUGCCAGACUGGAAGUGAUAGGGGGUUUCAUAGUGUUGAUUGCUGGCUUGUCGACAGUCAUCUCAGCCAUGGACGGCGUGCUGCUACCAAGCUUAGUGGGACUCGCAAUCGCUUACGCUCUCAAUGCGUCCAACCAACUGAAUUGGAUGAUUCGCUCAUCAGCCAACAUGGAGAUGCAACUGAAUUCUAUUGAGAGAGUGGACUACUACAAGAAUAUCGACACAGAAAAAUAUGAAGGUACAGUGUCUGCUCCUGCCAACUGGCCCAGUAAUGGCGUGAUUACGUUUGAAGAUGUUUCAGCUCGCUACGACACUGAGUUGGAUCCAGUGCUGCGUAGCAUCAGCAUUCACAUCAUGCCAGGAGAAAAGAUUGGAAUCUGCGGUCGGACAGGAAGCGGUAAAUCCUCCCUCCUGCUGGCUCUAUUCAGAAUCAUACAAACAUUCCAAGGCAGUGUAUUUGUCGAUAACAUUGACAUUGCCAGUCUUCCCCUGCUACAGCUGAGAAGUCGUCUGGCAAUCAUCCCACAGGAUCCUGUACUCUUUACGGGAACCAUUAGAUUCAACCUUGAUGCUAGGAAUGAGCACGACGAUAGAGCAUUAUGGGAAGCCUUGGAGAUUGCUCAGCUGAGGGAGACAGUGUCUGAACUGGACCUGGGACUGAACGCCAUGGUAACGGAGGGAGGUGAGAAUUUCAGCGUGGGUCAGAGGCAGCUGUUUUGCUUGGCUCGUGCCUUCUUGAGGAAGACUCGCAUCCUGGUCAUGGAUGAGGCAACCGCCUCCAUCGACUUGGAAACCGAUAAAAUUCUGCAGCAGGUUGUGGCCACAGCUUUUGAAGAUCGCACUGUUCUCACCAUAGCUCACCGUGUUCAAACCAUCCUGGACUCAGACCGCAUAUUAGUCUUAAGCGAAGGCAGAGUAGCUGAGUUUGACACACCGGAGAAUCUUCUGGCCAAGGAGGACAGUAUGUUUGCAUCCAUGGUCAAAGCGGGUACAUGAAAAGACAAGGUCAGGGUUCAUACCCCAGUCUGGUGAAAUUUGAUGGUUCCCAGAGGGCAAGUCUAGCGCCCUCUUUGUCCCUAUCUCGCUAACUGACUGACUGUCACUUUAGACUAGUUACCUAUAUCCCUGACCAAAGGUCAUGAGGCUUGCCUAUUCAUGUAUAUCAUGUAGAAUCCUAUACCACUUGUGUAUUAUAGUCUGGUGCUUGCUUUGUGUAUUUUCAUGAUACAUGUAUAGGCAAUAAGUUAAAUCUCCAUUGAACGGCAAAAGUGGAGUUUGCAUUUCCCUAAAUUGAAUAGAACUUAGUAAACUCUGUGAUCAGCUUUACUAGGCUUGCGUUGUGUUGUUCUUUUCUACCGAUCUACCUUGAAAGGCUCUGCUUGUUGGAACUGGGGAACUGGAGGAGGCCCUUCUUUUUUUCCCAAAAUGGCCGCCCGACCCAUUUUCCAAAAUUACUGGCCGGGCUAUUUUUCAAGAUGGCCACCAGCUUUUUUUUUUAAUGGCCGUCACUUGGACUCGGGAAAUGACAUACCUGCUUUUAAAGUCUAAAGGUAUAACUUUUUUCUGAAAGAGAUCAUUAAAUUUAUCAUUUUUUGCUUUCAAUACAAAAAAAAAGAAGAGGCGGCCUCCGAAAAGGAAGCGGGCGGGGACGCUUAACAUGUUUUUUUUUUAUUUGGCCUUACUGAUAACUUUGUUACUUUCUUUUACAUAUGGGAUCCAAACAUUAAGGGUUGUACUCGGGUUUUCAAAAAGGGGGGAUGUGGAACCACCAACCUAUUUUGGAAAAUCAACUGACCCACAAUGCAGGACACAAUGUUUCCACAAGGUGUUUUCAUUGGUAGAAUGGAAACGUCUUAUAGUUGAAACGAUAAUUUGAAGAUUUGUAAUUCAUUUACUUUAUAAUUGUUUGUAUAUUUUGGUGGAUUUUGAUUAGAUUAACCAGAGUGUCUGGAAAUGUUAGGAGUGUAACAGUAGCAUAUAGACAGCAUAUACAUUUUUCAAAUCUAUUUUUCUAUCGUAAAUUAUGUUAGAAACUCAUUAGAGAGUGAAUCUACAGGUACAUCUCCAUGAGUUUGGUGUUUGGAAUUAUAGAAAGAUGUUUUAGUUUUGUUUAAUUAUAAUUUAGAAAUUACCAUAGAAAGGUAAUCAAAUAAUGGGUAAAAUAACUAUCGUUUUGUGUUUUUGUUUUAAGGUGCAUUUAUUUUUGUACUUAUGGAGAAGAAAAUGUUUGUUAACCUUGUAUAUUUUUGUACACAUACUUUUCGUACAAUUUGUUAAAUUAAAUAUUAUUUAGCUAUUUUGGUGAAACCAUUAAUUGGAAAAAUUGACACACUAACCAUGUUUAAAUUGGAAUUUGUUAUUUACACAGCUUUUGAAGCAACACUUUCAGUUCUAAAUUGUUGAGUUAAAAAAAUGUUGUGAAAGACAGGAGACGGCAAUCUGCAAAGGAACAGUAUGUUACCUGUCAUCUAAAUGAGCAUUAAGUCGAAAAUUGCCAUUUUUCAAAAGUAUUUGGUCGAUUUGGUUGUUUUCAGGUGAACCAUAACCUGCUAAAUUAUUCCUUUUCCCCAGUUGUUUUUGUUCAAUGAAACGAUUUUUAAAACACAUUUUUUUCCCCUAUUUAUGAAUUAAAUGUUCGUUCGCUGUAACACAACAGCAAGAUUUUUAAAUGUCAUUUCCUAAAACAUAACUUUUUUUUUUUUUUUUUUUUUUUUCAUGGUCAGAAUUGACCUGGAAUCCGUUUAUACUUCAGGCCUGACACUUUUCAGGGUCAAAAUUGACAUUUUACUGGGUCAAAAUGACGCCUUGCCAAUGUUUCCAGGUCAAAAUGACCAUGAAAAUGAGUCAGGGAAGUGUCAAUUUGACUCUGAAUAGAGUCCAUUUGACAACGAAUAGUGUCAAUUUUGACCCUGAAUAAUGUAAAUGUUGACCCUGAGUCGUGUCAAUUUUGACCCUGAAAAGUGUCACGCCAAAUAGAACCUGGAUUCCGGUCAAUCUGACCACUCAUUGAUUUUUUUUUUUUUUUUUUUUUUUUUUUUUUAUUCUGGGGAUAACAUUUUAUUGCUCUUCAAUCAGCUCUCAUCCAUUGACAAAAUAAAUACAGUACUGGCUAAGGAUACAGAUCCAAUCAAUGACAACUUAAACAAAAGGGAUUACUCUUGACACAAUACAGAAUAAUUUGCCCAUUUUGAACAAAAUUUUUGUACAACUCCAUUUACAGCAGCGGUACAGUAGCGGUAAUUUAGCCAUUUGUUUACAAGGCAAAAUACAAUAUGGUAUUUAUUGCUUAAUUUAGCUACGCAUGCUUCAUUUGCUCAGCAAUAUGCUUUUCUUGUAGGACAUUGCAUUUCGUCAAUUUUUGUGGAGGAUUAGGUAAAUAUUGGAUUUUUUGUUAAAAAUUAAAUAUAGGCAUAGCAACGAAAUAAAAGAUGCUAACAUCGAACUAAAA